ACUUGCUCUUUGUGUGUGAGUGUGUGAAGCGACAGUAUUAUAUUGUCGUCUGCGAGAAGGCAGCUCCUCCUUCUCACUCCCACACACGCUCUCAACGAGAUAGAAGAGAGCAAAUGUCCAAUGCUUAGUUGCCUUCUACUCCCUCUCAUCUGAGGCCUCCCUAUCCGCGUGUGUGUUUGUGCGCUCAGAUCUGCGAGGCGCGUCUCUCGUCUGUGUGGGGGUGCUCGCCGGCAUUUUGAAGCAGGGAGUCAGUGAUGAGCAAGGAGGAGGUGCUCAAGAUACAGACCUGCGUCUUCAAGGUGAACAUCCACUGCGAUGGGUGCCAGAAGAAGGUCAAGAAGAUCCUCAGCAAGAUCGAUGGCGUGUACCAGAGCAGCAUCGACGCAGAGGAGGGCAAGGUGAUGGUGUCCGGCCUGGUGGAUCCGGACACCAUCAUUAAGAAGCUCAACAAGGCCGGCAAGCCGGCCGUGCUCUGGGGCUCCAAGCCCGGCGGCGUCGCCAACCAGUUCCAGAAGCUCCACCUUGACGGUGGAGGCGGCGGCAAGGGCCAGCAGCAGAAAGACGCCGGUGGCAAGGGCCAUCACAAGGAUGCCGGCGGCGGCAAAGCCCAGAAGGGCGGCGGCGGUGGCGGCGGCGGAAAAGACGCGAAGGGUGCCGUGCCGCCGCAGCCGACGGCGCAGCAGAUUCAGCAAAUGCAGCAGAUUAUGCAGAUGAAGGGGGCGACGCCCCAGCAGAUUCAGCAGAUGCAGCAGCAGAUGCAGAUGCAGAUGAAGGGCGCGCCCGCGCCGGCACCGACACAGCAGCAGCUACAGCAGCUGCAGCAGCAGCUGCAGAUGAAGCCGCAGCAGCUCCAGCAGCUGCAGCAGCAGAUGCAGAUGAAGGGGAUGAAGCUGCCGCAGUUCAUGGACGCCGGCGCCGCGGCCAAGGCGCCGUUCCAGGCGGCGCCUGCCAAGGACCCCAAGUCCGUCAAGUUCAGCCUCCCCGACGACGGCUGGGGCGACGACGGCGGCAGCGAGUUCGACGACGAGUUCGAUGAGUUCGACGACGAAGAUUUUGACGACGAUUGCUACGACGACGACGACAUCUACGACGACCCCAAGAUGAUGAUGAAGCCCAUGCCCGCGCCGCAGAACGCCGGGAAGGGCGGCGGCGGCGGCAAUGGUGGGAAGAAGGGCGGCGGCGGGAACGAGAUCCCUGUGCAGAUCAAGGGGAACAACGGCGGCAAGAAAGACGCCGGUGGCAAGCAGCAGCAAGGUGGCAACGGCCACGGCGGCGGCAAGAACGGAGGCGGUGGCGGGCAGCCGAACAACGCCAAGGGAGGAGGAGCGCCGGUCCAGGGGAAGAAGGGCGGUCCGGCCGCCGGCCUCGGUGGCCCGAUGGGCAUGCCGCCGCUCCAGCAACAGCAGCAGCAGCAGGCCAUGUUCAGGCCUAACAUGAUGGGCGGCGCCGGCUUCCCUGGCAUGGGCGGUCCCAUGGGCCACGCCCACGCGGGCGGCGGCGCGCAGGGUGGCCGCGCCAUGCAGGGCAUGCCGCCAGCGGGGUUCUACCAGGGCGCUGGGGGCGGCGGCGGGGGCAUGCCGUCUGGAGCGGCGGAGAUGCUGCAGGCUGCCGCCGCGGCCGGGAACCCAAUGGCGCAGCAGCAGUACAUACAACUGAUCCAGCAUCAGCAGCAGCAACAGCAGCAGAUGGCAUUGGUGCAGCAACAGCAACAGCAGCAGCAGAUGAUGAUGAUGAACGGCCAAGGCGGCGGCGGCGGCGGCGCAGGAGGGUACCCGCAGAUGGGCUACGGGUACGGCCGGCCGCCGAUGGGCUCGUACCCGAUGCAGACCGCCUACGCCAUGCCGCCGCAGCCGCCGGCCGGCGAGCCUUACAACUACUUCAGCGACGAGGACCCCAACAGCUGCUCGGUGAUGUGAGAGAUCGAUCACCUCACCGCUGCUCAUGGUCGAAAAAGGAAGACCAUGAAUCCGACAGUAGUGUACCAUGGGGAACAACCGAAGUGUCCCCAUCUAGAUCGCUCCUCUUCUGUUUCUUCUUGAUUAAUUUAGCUUCACCAUUUUCACCAUUCUUUCGAGCUAAACAAGACAAGAAGAGAUGUGAAACCUGCUUCAAGGCGAUUGUAGGUACAGUAAUUAUCUAUAGAUGUCAUAAGAGAUGAAUGCUCCAUGCUGUUAUAGUUGAAGAACAAUAGUAUGUGAUUGACUGAUGGUAGAUGGAUCAACAAUGUGCAAAA